UGACACAGGAAGUAGUUCACUGAGUUGCAUUGUGGGUAAGCGGAAAAGGCUCCAAAAGCGAUCGGAAAAGCGACCAACGCACGUUGCCGAGUCGUUCAGAAAGACACAACAACAACGAUUAAGAAGUCGUUUUAAAAUACGGAAUCAAGGAAGUCCGUUGAAACAUGUCUAUCGGAGUACCAAUCAAAGUGCUGCAUGAGGCAGAGGGCCACAUUGUGACCUGCGAGACCAACACCGGAGAGGUCUACAGGGGCAAGCUGAUCGAGGCAGAGGACAACAUGAACUGCCAGAUGUCCAACAUCACAGUGACUUAUCGUGAUGGCCGUGUGGCACAGUUGGAGCAAGUCUACAUCCGUGGCAGUAAGAUCCGCUUCCUGAUCUUACCGGACAUGUUGAAGAAUGCACCGAUGUUAAAGAGUAUGAAAAACAAGAACCAGGGCUCUGGGGCCGGAAGAGGCAAGGCGGCUAUUCUCAAAGCACAAGUGGCUGCAAGGGGUCGAGGCCGUGGUGGAAUGGGACGAGGCAACAUCUUCCAGAAGAGGCGAUAGUUGCUCCAGCUUUGUUAAGAUUGUUUCAUUGUAUAGUCUUAUGCUUUUUUAAUUCUGCCUUUGGAUUGGAUCUUUUGUUUUUUUGCAAUCCUGUAUGUUGCAGUUUAUGCUUUCAUUUUAUGAAAAUAAACAUGUUUAAAUUUUA